GGGGGUUGAGGGCAACACGGGCGGCCGUGAUUGGAUGAGUGUCCGCCGGCCCGCGGAGGCUGCACCUCCCCGGCACUCCCUCCGCUGCGUGCCGCGCUCACAGCCGCCCGUGCUGCCCUCAGUACCGCCUGGGAAACGCUGCCGAGUCCGCAGCGACGACUUGGGCACCGAAGACAGCCACAGAAACGGGGUCUUACCCUGGGAGUGAUGCGAAGACGUGGGGCUCGGCUCCGGAACUUUUUCGCGGGCUGUUCUCUGUGUGUCCUGAGCCAGGGCUGUCGGAGGCUCCGGCUAACUCUUCCCCCGCUGUUUUUCCCUCAUCCAAUGUGAGCAGGGAGAGGAGAGAAGUGCGACCCCGAGCUGGAUGGAUGGUUAUGGGGACAAGAGGGAGACCCUCGGCGCUUGAAGUUAUCCGAGUCCUCGCCGUGUUUUUGUCACUCUUCCCCUCCGCGAGUCUGCAGUGCAAGAUCCUCAAGUGCAACGCGGAGUUUUGGGCCUCCACCUCGAGCCCUGGACCGGAGGAGGAGUACUGCGCGGCGGUGCGGGCGUACACCAGCUGCGUGCGCCGGACGGCCCGCACCUGCAGGGGUGACCUGACCUACCACUCGGCCCAGCAUGGCAUCGAGGACCUGAUGAACCAGCACAACUGCUCCAAAGAGGGCCCCACGUCCCAGCCGCGGCCCCGGACCCCGCUCCCCCCGCCGCCCCCGGUGCUGACCGACAGCCAGGAGCGCUCGGACGGGCCCGAGGUGUGCCACUACGAGCGCAGCCUCCCGCGCCACACGGCGCCGCCCAACUACACCCACUGCGGCUUCUUCGGGGACCCGCACCUGCGGACCUUCGGCGACGACUUCCAGACGUGCAAGGUGGAGGGGGCCUGGCCGCUCAUCCACAACAAGUACCUGUCCGUGCAGGUGACCAACUCGCCCGUGGUGCCGGGCUCUUUGGCCACCGCCACCAGCAAGACACCAGAGGCCCCUGGCUGUCCUCCUGGUGCUGCUCUGACAAUGGCUCAUUGGUGUCCCGUGAAACCGAGCUCGGAGAGUCCUGACCAGUCUCCCUUAAUUAGCCCCAGAGUGGACGGCCGUGUCCUGGCCUGCCGCCACCCCCCGGAGCAGAGUCCUGCCGGGUUCACAGGCAGGUUUUUCAGCGCUAUGAAUGGAUCGAGGGCAGAGGGGCACACGUCAGACGCCUCCCCGUUUCAGGCGGUGUGUUUCCAGAUGACGCCUAACCGCUGUGUUCUGUCUGUCCUUCCACAGCUGACAAUCAUCUUUAAGAACUUCCAGGAGUGCGUGGACCAGAAGAUGUACCACGCCGAGACGGACGAGCUGCCGGCGGCCUUCGCCGACGGCUCCAAGAACGGCGGCGAGCGCUACGGCGCCAACGCGCUGCGGGUGGUGGAGAAGGUCCCCGGGCAGCACGUGGAGAUCCAGGCCAAGUACAUCGGCACCACCAUCGUGGUGCGGCAGGUGGGCCGCUACCUGACCUUCGCCGUGCGGAUGCCGGAGGAGGUGGUGAACUCGGUGGAGGAGGGAGACGACCAGGACCUGUACCUGUGUCUGCACGGCUGCCCCGCCAACCAGCGCAUCGACUUCCGGAACGUGCGGGGCGGCGCGGCCGAGGCCCACGGCGCCGGCCGGCCCCGGGGCGGCGCCGCGGCGGCGCACGCCUUCACCUACCAGUCGGCCAAGGCCAAGUGCAAGGAGCGGCUGCCCGUGGAGGACCUGUACUUCCAGUCCUGCGUCUUCGACCUGCUCUCCUCCGGGGACAUAAACUUCACCAUGGCGGCCUACUACGCCUUCGAGGACGUAAAGAUGCUGCACUCCAACAGCAAGAGAUACCACCUGUUUGAGAGCGACGCCCUGAGCAGCGGCGCCCGGCGGGGCGGGGGCCUGCUGGCCGCCGCGCUGGCGGCCUCCCUGUGGAUGGGGCGCUGCGCGGCGCUGUAG